GUUUCAGAGCACCUAACAUCUUUUUUUUAUUUUACCUUGUUCUAAUUUAUUUUUUUUCAUUAAAUUCAUUGUCAGGAAGUCUCUGGAAACCUGGUGUUCUGGGGAGACACAAUCACAACUCUGAGUCAGCAAGUCGUUGUCCUGUUUGACCUGCUGGCCCAGCACAAAAGUCUCCGGUCAAAUCCCCAGCCAAUCAGUAACAACUUAUCACAAGAUCAAGAAUGGCUAAUCAUCAACUUCGGGGAAAGAUGAGUUUUUUAUUAGGCACAUGCAUGCGGAGUUCUUGGACUUCGUCCACGGCCACUGUUUGCUCUACAAGCGCACACAGGCAUAGAUUUCCAAGCUCCUUCAUGCCCAUGCUAUUUGCAUCAGCGUUUUUCUACUGCUAAGGCUGGAGAAUGUGUUUCUCAACCAUGUGAUGAUCCUAAUGACCAGGGUUUGGAUUUCCCUGGUGGUAAGGUUAGUUUUCAGUGCAAAUAUGAGAUUUCUAUCAGGGUCUCCAGAGGAACGCAUUAGUUGCUACCGUGUUCUUGAUGACUAUGGACAUAUAAUUUCAGGCAGCAGUUUCCAACAGAUAAACAAGGAAGUUGCCCUUAAAAUUUAUCAAGAUAUGGUCACUUUACAAACUAUGGACAUAAUUUUCUAUGAAGCCCAGAGGCAAGGAAGGAUUUCCUUUUAUCUCACUUCUAUUGGUGAAGAAGCCAUCAACAUUGCUUCUGCUGCUGCACUAACUAUGGAUGAUAUUGUUCUUCCCCAGUACAGAGAACCUGGUGUACUUUUAUGGCGAGGUUUUACUCUGCAAGAAUUUGCUAACCAUAAUUUUGGAAACAAGUCUGAUUAUGGCAAAGGACGGCAAAUGCCGAUUCAUUAUGGAUGCAAAAGACUCAAUUACUUAACUAUAUCAUCGCCAAUAUCUACACAGUUACCCCAAGCAGUUGGUGUGGCGUAUUCACUUAAAAUGGACAGGAAAAACGCCUGUGCAAUCACUUAUUUUGGAGAUGGUGCAACAAGUGAGGGAGAUUUUCAUGCUGCCUUAAAUUUUGCUGCUGUGUUGGAAGCCCCUAUUAUCUUCUUCUGUCGCAACAAUGGUUGGGCAAUCAGUACUCCUACAACAGAACAGUUUCGAAGUGAUGGUGCUGUAAUCAAAGGUCAGGCUUAUGGUAUUCGAAGCAUACGUGUUGAUGGUAACGAUGCUCUUGCGGUUUACAGUGCAGUUCGUGCUGCCCGGGAAAUGGUGAUAAGUGAAUGUCAGCCAGUUUUUGUAGAGGCACUUACAUAUCGAGUCGGUCACCACUCCACAUCAGAUGACUCCACCAAGUAUCGACCACUUGAUGAAAUCGAGCACUGGAGAACAGCAAGAGAUCCAGUCUCAAGAUACAGGAAAUGGAUCGAAAGGAAUGGCUGGUGGAAUGAUGAAGUUGAAGACAAUCUCAGAAGCAAUGUGAAGAAGGAGUUAUUGAAAGCUAUUCAAAUUGCGGAGAGAUUAGAGAAACCAGCAAUAAAUGAAUUGUUCACAGAUGUAUAUGAUGAGGCUCCUUCAAACCUUGUUGAGCAAGAGAAAUCACUGAGAGAGAUGGUCAAGAAACACCCAGAGGAUUACCCAUCUGAUGUACCUGUUUAAUCAAAAUGCAAUACAAUUGGCCAUCUAUAAUUUCAGGUUUGAUUCAUUAUAGUCUUGCAUGGCUUCAUACGAAGGCAUACACUAGUUUUCAACAAUCUGUUAGGGUUGAAGUAGUUUCUCCCUUGUGAUAGAACAUCAAGUCUGUUCAUCCACAGGUCCACAUUUUGUCAAUUGACCAUAGAGAUGAAUUUGGUUUGGAAGAGAAGAACUCAAAAAUAAAAAUAAAAAUAAAAAUGAUACAAUGUCAGACAA